AAGGCGAUUUCUGUGUUUCUGUGGUGAAACUACUUUUCCAGUCAUGUUAUGUGCUUUUUAUUCAGUUCCUGCAGAUGUUUGGGUCAUUUCUUCUUCUGUGGUUGUAAUAGCGGUGCUGUUGGCGUAAUGGCAGAGGUCAUAACUACACUGAAAUGUUCUCCGGUCGGUUUUAAAUGUCAGAUCCAUCAGCACAGCUUCUCUUCACCACACCGUCAGACAUUACUCAGCCAACGCCUGCCUCCUGCCCGUCUGCCAGCUUCACGGAGCCGCCAUCACCACGGUGGAGGGCAUCGGCAGCACCAAGACGCGGAUCCACCCCGUGCAGGAGCGAAUAGCGAAGGCGCACGGCUCCCAGUGCGGCUUCUGCACCCCCGGGAUGGUGAUGUCCAUGUACGCUCUGCUGAGAAACAAGCCGCAGCCCACCAUGGAGGACAUCACGCAGGCGCUAGCCGGUAAUCUGUGCCGCUGCACCGGGUAUCGACCAAUCAUUGACGGCUGCAGGACCUUCUGUCAGGAAGCCAACUGCUGCCAGGCCAACGGAAACGGAAACUGUUGCCUCAGCGGAGAGAAAAACACGGAUGAACCAGAGCAUGGAAAGCCUCAGUUGUUUGACAAGGACGAGUUUCAGCCGCUGGACCCGACACAGGAGCUCAUCUUCCCCCCUGAACUGAUUCUGAUGGCAGAAACAGCGAACCCGCAGACACUCACCUUUCACGGGGAGAGGAUGAGCUGGGUGUCCCCCGCCUCCCUGGAGGAACUGGUCCAGUGCAAGACCAGUAACCCUAAAGCUCCGCUGGUUCUGGGAAACACCACCAUAGGUCCAGAUAUAAAGUUUAAAAGUGUCGUGCAUCCGCUGAUUAUAUCUCCAACCAGAGUUUCGGAGCUGUUUGAGGUCACUCAGACACCGCAGGGUGUUUGGGUCGGAGCCGGGUGCAGUCUCACUGAGGUGCGGUCUCUUUUGGAGAAGCUGGUUCCUCAGUUUCCGGAGGAGAAGACUGAACUUUUCAGAGCCCUGAUCCAACAGCUGGGAAACCUGGGAAGCCAGCAGAUCCGAAAUGUCGCUUCUCUUGGAGGCAACAUCAUGAGUGCAUACCCGAACUCAGACCUGAACCCUGUUUUGGCUGCUGGGAACUGCAGAGUGAGCGUCAUUUCGAGUGGAGGAAGACGAGAGAUUUCCCUGAAUCAAGACUUCUUUGUGAGCUUUGGAAAAACCAUCCUGAAACCAGAGGAGAUUGUUGUUUCUGUCUUCAUUCCUUUCUCCAGAAAGGGGGAGUUUGUGCGAGCUUUCCGCCAGGCUGCGAGGAAGGAGAGCUCCUUCUCCACAGUGACGACCGGGAUGAGAGUGUUUUUCUCAGAGGGGUCCAGGAUGGUUCAGGACGUCAGUAUUUAUUUUGGAGGAAUGGGACCGACCACUGUUAGCGCCGCCAAAACCUGCACAGCUAUCGUCACAAGACCCUGGGAUGAUGAGACCCUCAGCCGGGCUUAUGACGUCCUCCUGGAUGAGUUGGUCCUCCCUCCUUCGGCUCCUGGAGGAAAAGUGGAGUUUCGUCGCUCUUUGACUCUCAGCUUCCUCUUCAAAUUUAACCUGGAGGUCCUGCAGAAACUCAGAGAAAUGAGCGUGAUUACAGACGAGCUUCCUGAGAAGAUCCAGCCUUUACCCAGAGAGAUCCAGCCCGGCCUGCAGGAGUUCCAGCGUGUGUCAAAGGACCAGAGCGACCAGGACCCAGUGGGACGUCCCAUCAUGCAUCGCUCUGCCAUCAGCCAGGCCACAGGUGAAGCUGUGUACUGCGACGACAUCCCAAAAACAGAUGGGGAGCUCUUCCUGACUAUGGUCACCAGCUCUCGAGCGCAUGCUAAAAUCACCAGGCUGGAUGUGAGCGAGGCUCUGCGGCUUCCUGGUGUCGUCGAUGUCAUCACGGCCAAAGAUAUUCCCGGGAAGAAAGUUCGGAAAAUGUUUGGUUACGAUGAGGAGCUGUUGGCCGAGACGGAGGUGUCCUGUGUCGGUCAGCGGAUAUGUGCGGUGGUCGCUGAUUCGAGGGCACACGCCAAACGAGGAGCAGCAGCUGUGAAGAUCAGCUACGAAGACCUGCCAGACCCGAUUUUUACCCAAGAGGAAGCCAUUGAGAAGUCGUCUUUCUUUGAGCCUCGGAGGAGGAUUGAGAGAGGAGACGUGACCAAAGCCUUUAAAACUGUUGAUCAGGUUUAUGAAG